CUAAGCAAAACAGUUCUAAGUUGAGGACUACCUGUAUUAAAAACAUGCUGCGGCAAAGCAAACCUUUACCAUAGAAGGAAACAUCUCAAUUAUCUUGUCUACUUUCUUUUUUAAAGAAUGGAAACAAAAACAGCUCCCUGGACAUGUUGGGAACGGAUAUCUGGGCAGCCAACACUCUUGAAUCUGUCAGUGGGGCCACCUGGGAUUUACAACCAGAGAAACUUGACUUCACACAGUUCCACAGAAAACUUCGCAACACUCCCAAGCAUCCACUUCCACAGAUAGACAGAGAAGGAAUUGGCAAAGGAAAAGGUGAAGAAGGAGAUGGCAUCAACUUAAAUGACAUUGGAAAAGUUCUCCCAACCUGGCAGGGUUGUCAUCCGUUGCCACACGAAGCAGAAAUUGCACACACCAAAAAGCUAUUCAGGAGGAGGAGGAACGACCGGAGGCCCCAGAGUUCAGGUUGCAAACAUGAUCUGCAGGACGUUGCAGUCAGUCAUAAAUGUGAGACAGUUGCCAAGAGCUUUUCAGACUUCUUUUAUCUCUUCUAA